AUGGUGUUAAGGCUCCCCGUUGCCCACAGCGGUGCAUCUCACUCAGUAUGUGACCGCGGAGCAUUGGAGAAAAUUGGAGAGAAGGCGAAGAAGACCCAGUUUUCAGCAACCAUGGUGGACGGUACGAAGCUUCCCAUCCACGGCGAAGCAACCUUGCAGCUGCACAUAGGUGCGUUGAGAUGGAAGCCGAAGCUACCUGUUACCAACAUCAAGGGUUUAGAUUUCAUCUUGGGGCGAGAUUUCCUGAAGCGGUUCAACCCCGAGAUCGACUGGGUCAACAGCAAAGUGUGCAUCUACAACAACGGGGAGCGGAUAGCAUUGCGAAGCUGGACGGAUACAGGGGACAUUCCUGAAACGACACUGGCACGGUUCGAACAGACGGUGAACGAGAGCAACACGGGUUACUUAGCACUGGUCAUGGCAGCAGCAGAAGAGGUGAAACCGGGUUCCGAGCUACCCGCAGCAGUGAAAGAGGUCUUGGAGCAGUACAAAGACAUCAUGCCCGACGACCUACCUACAAGCGUACCUCCUGCACGCACCCACGAGCACGAGAUCGUGGAGGAACCAGGUGCGAAACCCGUCUCACGCGCACCAUACAGACUGAGUCCGACCGAGCUGACAGACAUGAAAAAACAGAUUGAGUAUCUACUGGACAGACAACUGAUCCGACCAUCCACCUCUCCCUACGGCGCACCAGUUCUCUUCACACCGAAACCAGACGGCAGUUUACGAAUGUGCAUCGACUACCGCGCACUAAACAAACAGACAGUCAAAAACAAAUACCCCAUACUGCGCAUCGACGACUUACUGGACCAACUGCGUAGUGCAACAGUCUUCUCGAAGCUGGACUUACGGUCGGGUUACUGGCAGAUCAAGAUGGCGGACAAUUCGAUCCACAAGACGGCGUUCCGUACGCGAUACGGCUCCUACGAAUACCUGGUGAUGCCGUUCGGACUCUGCAACGCACCAGCGACGUUCCAGGCGGAGAUGAACCACAUCCUACGGCCCCUGUUGGACGAGUGCGUAGUAGUGUACCUGGACGACAUUCUCAUCUACUCCAAGAACAUGAAGGAGCAUGUGGAGCAUCUGCGGAAGGUGUUCGAGAUCCUGCGAAAAAAUAAGUUCUACGUGAAGCUGUCGAAGAGCGACUUCGCACUGGAGAAGGUGCAGUUUCUCGGGCACAUGGUGAGUGCCAAGGGCGUACACGUAGACCCGCGGAAGAUCGAAGCUGUUAAAAAGUGGAAGGUUCCGGAGAACGUGAAAGAGUUGCAGCAGUUCCUCGGCUUCGCCAACUACUACAACAGGUUCAUGCCGCAGUACGCUAAGAUAGCAGCGCCACUGACCGACCUACUGAAAAAGGACACGCCCUUCAAAUGGGGUGCUCCUCAUCAGCAAGCCAUGGAACAGCUACAGACAGCACUGACCACAGCGCCAGUACUCAUCCUACCGGACCCUGACAAGGACUACGUAGUUGAAGCAGACGCUAGUGACCAGGCAGUCGGAGCAGUACUGAUGCAGGAUCACGGGAACGGUUUACAGCCUAUCGCCUACCUCAAACUCCCGCGACGAGAUCACUCAGUAGCAGUCGGAGAUCAGGUGCUUCUUGACACGCGCAACUUGAACCUGUCUCACCUACCAUCCAAACUCCGGCCUCGCUUCUGUGGUCCAUUUCUCGUGGAGGCACAGGUGACACCAGUUACAUUCCGCUUGCGCUUACCAGAUACGUGGAAGCUUCACAACGCUUUCCAUGUUCAGCUACUGAAGCCCUACAAGGACCCCAACCAACAGUUCCAGGGACGGCAGCUACCGCCACCACCACCUGUUCUUGUGCAGGAUGAACCAGAGUAUGAGAUCGAGCGCGUUCUCACUCAUCGGCGCCGCGGCGGCAAGACCCUCGAGUUCCUGAUCCGCUGGAAGGGAUAUGACCCCACUGAGGACAGUUGGGUUGCAGAAGCUGAUAUGGGCAACGCACGCCGUGCUCUCAAGGACUAUCUUGUCAAGCAGGGUGUAUCUCAUGCCACCCAGCUUUGA